AACACAGGGAAUGAGGACUGAUAUGGUCGUGUUUAAACUGAUGUGGCCCUCAAGCCUCCCUUAUUUUCUGCUGAUAUCGUCCGUUUUGUAUGUGUAACAGUCAGUAUUUAAUAAGAGAAAAACAUUUGAGCUCAUUAGAAGCAUCAGGGUAAUUUAUAUGAUGUGCAGUUAAACAGCUGUUUGCAGCUUUGGGAAGCUGGACAUCAAGUCACAUGAUGCGCCAUUAUGACAUCACCAGCCACCGUGUGAUGUGAGUAAAUAAAACACACACAUUAGGGGAUGAGUUUUCCUGUAGCUUCAAACUGUAUUUGUCUUGUUUCUUUCUUUUCUCUUUUUAUUGAGCAACGUGAUCUUUGCACAGUAAUAACUCUCCUUGCACAGUUUAUUAAAAAUUCAAAUUGAAUCCACAGUGAAUUACAUUCAGUUGCCUUACAGCAGUCCCACUGUGAGGUCAUCAGUUAGCAAGUAAACACUAUCAGAAAGUAGGUCAGUGUCAUUGUGACAUCACCAGCCACCCUGUGAUGUCGGUUAAAAACAUAAUAGGAAUCAGUUUUCCUGUGACUUCACAUCGUGUUGCAUCGCAGGAAAGCUUUCCCCUAGUUUUCCCCAUUUUUUUCAGAUUUUUACUCUUUUUACGAACUAGGUAAGUGAAUAAAUCUUAAAUUUUAAUACAUUUGAACAUUUUUCAAUAAUGAGACCGAAGAAAAAUAUUUUUUUAAGCGUUAAAAGGAUUUUCCACUUAGACUCACUUUCCUGUUUGUUCGUUUGCUUUUUAGUAUAUUAAGAUGAAUCAAAAAACAACAUCAAUGGAAAAAGUCCAAGCUACGCUUGAGUAUUCAUUACAUCUAGAGCAAUUCCAGAAUCCGAUUUCUCUGCGAAGUGGAUGUUGGCAGAUUAAGACAUCCUUUGAGGUUCAGACGAUCAUCCCUCACACAAUUGAAGCAAGGAUUUUUCAUACUAAAGAUGAUCUGGCAUAUCCGGCUACAGUCGACGGCAGUGUCCUCUCCAGCAGUGAGUUUAAAAUAUUUACGACCAAACACGCUGUUACAAUUGACGACGUUGUGAUCUACAGAGUUAAUAUCCUCCUGGAUGAGAGUAAAAUUGAAGAGACUCUGAAUUCCCUGGAGAGCAAGAUGAAAUUUGACAUAUACUAUGCAGAAUUAAACGAACGUAAGAAUUUGACACCAAUCUGCAGCGAGGACAUGACACUGCACUUUAACCUGCAUCGAGGGAUUCAUGGCCACAUGAAUAUAGUAUUUAAGACACUUUCAAAGCUCUCCGUCAAUGUUCAUGGCCUGUUGGUUGUAUUACAACCCCCACUGAAGAACUUUCCCGAGAAAAGCUCAGUAUUCACAAGGCUUCUUCCUAACCGGUGGACAAAGGCUAAAAUACCCACGUUGGAAAGUGUCAUUUUUGGCAAAGACUUCAAAACGAAAUUGGCAGCAGACGUAAGUAAAAAACAUGAAUUUGUAUUUGAAACUUCCAGGGGGUAAAAACAAUUAUGUGAGUGAAAUUUUAAAUAAGAACAAAAGCUCACAAUCAACCCCAGGCCCCUCUAACAGCCAGGGCCGGA